UAUGAACAAACCCUUUCACUUGCCGCAUGUCGUGCUCAUCACAGCUGUGCUUUAUUGGCAUAAAAUAAUUAUUGCGCCACGUCUUUCCACAUAACAUCACCAUGGUUCUCGACUUAGACCUCUUCCGCGCCGAUAAAGACGGUGACCCAGAUAAAAUUCGUGAAAACCAGCGCAAGAGGUUCAAAGAUGUGGGACUGGUUGAUACAGUGGUCGAACAAGACACUUUGUGGAGAAGAUUGCGCCACGAUGCUGACAACUUGAAUAAGCUGAAGAAUGUGUGCAGCAAGGAGAUCGGCCUGAAGAUGAAGAGCAAGGAGCCCGUGGGGCCGGAGGACCAGCCUGUGCCCGCAGAAGUCGCCGAUAACCUGAUCACCCUUACCGGCGAUCAGCUGAAGCCUCUAACUGUGAACCAAAUUAAAAAGGUCCGUGUCCUCAUAGAUGAAGCUAUAACAAAGAAUGACCAGGCUCUCCUAACAGCUGAGAAGACACGUUCAACUGCGCUAAGAGAAGUAGGCAACCAUUUACAUGCUUCUGUACCUGUGGAUGAUAACGAGGACAACAAUGCCGUUGAGAGGACUUUUGGAGACUGCACCAUGAAAAACAAGUACUCACACGUAGAUCUGAUCUGUAUGAUUGAUGGUAUGGACGGGGAGCGCGGCUCGGCCGUGGCCGGCGGGCGCGGGUACUACCUCAAGGGCGCCGCUGUCUUCCUCGAACAGGCUCUGGUGCAACUCUCUCUGAGGAUACUACUCAAGAAGGGGUACACCCCACUUUACACGCCUUUCUUCAUGAGGAAAGAUGUGAUGCAAGAAGUGGCGCAACUGGCGCAAUUCGACGAGGAACUGUACAAGGUUAUUGGCAAGGGGUCUGAGAACAAGGGUGACGCCGCGGUGGAAGAGAAGUACCUGAUUGCCACCUCGGAGCAGCCCAUUGCUGCCUACCAUAGGGACGAGUGGCUGCCUGAGGCUUCAUUACCUAUCAGGUACGCAGGUCUGUCGACGUGUUUCCGACAAGAGGUAGGGUCUCACGGGCGAGACACUCGUGGUAUCUUCAGGGUACAUCAAUUUGAAAAGGUAGAACAAUUCGUCCUAACAUCCCCUCACGACGACGCCUCUUGGAAGAUGAUGGAUGAGAUGAUAGGCAAUGCGGAGGAGUUCUGCCAAACUCUGGGCAUCCCUUACCGCGUGGUGAACAUCGUCUCCGGAGCACUGAACCACGCUGCGGCUAAGAAACUCGACCUAGAAGCGUGGUUCCCGGGGUCAGGGGCCUUUAGGGAACUGGUGUCCUGCAGCAACUGUUUGGAGUACCAAGCCAGAAGACUGCUCGUUAGAUACGGCCAAACAAAGAAGAUGAACGCGGCGACAGAGUACGUGCACAUGCUGAACGCUACCAUGUGCGCCACCACCAGGGUCAUUUGUGCCAUUCUGGAAGUGCAUCAGACUGAGGAGGGGAUCAAGGUCCCAGAAGCACUGAAGCCGUGGAUGCCUGAAGAGUACCAGGAGAUCAUCCCGUUCACGAAGCCCGCACCUAUCGACGUGGAGGCGGCUGCGGCUGCCAAGAAAGGCAAGAAACAGGAAAAGAAGUAGUCAAGCAUUUACACGGCAUUCCUACUCGCUAACUGCAUUUUAUUUAUUAUACAUGCUAAGCUAAAAGCUAUAUUUUGAUUAAAAUCUUCGCCAGGCUCGA